GCUUGCAAAAAAGAGGCAGAAAAAUGGUUCAGUGGUCACAGGCAGAGCUUGAUGUCAUCCAAGGCAAAUGGGCUGCUCUAGACCCAGAAAAGUUCGGUGGCAAAGCACUCGCCAGAAUGUUUGUGGUCUACCCCUGGACCAAGAGAUACUUCGGCAAAUUCGGUGGCAGGUUCAAGGCCUCUGAUCCGGUGGUCAUGGAACAUGGAGCCAAGGUGAUGGGGAAAAUGCAAGUUGCUGCCAAAGAUCCAGAAAAGAUUAAGGAAAUCUUUGAAUACCUCAGCAAGCGUCACUCUGAUACCAUCCAUGUGGAUCCCGAAAACUUCAAGCUCCUGGGUAGUUGCAUGCUUGUUGAAAUGGCUAUGACCAAAGGAGACUGGUCCCCGGAAAUCGAAGCAAUCAACCGCAAAUUCGUUGACGUCUCAAUCGCUGCUCUGUCCAGAAAGUACCAUUAAAUCUGCGGAGAAAAGGGUGGCUCCGUUUUGUCUUAUUUUGUUUCCUUUUUCGUUAACUCCGGAAAAGGAAACAAAAGGCAAUAAGAACAACAAUCGCCAGGGAUCCAUCUGAAACUAAUGCAAUUCUCUGUAUGCUCUUAAGAAAUUGGACGACAAGCAGGUUUUAAGACAUGCGUGUAAAACACAAUAAACUCUGAUGAAUUUCGAAAACUAUUGCUUCAGCUUUGUAUGCAAUCUUGCAACCCAAUUUAUUUCCGAGAGUGUCUCAAGGAAAUAUUCCUGUUGCUUACUACUUCAAUAAAAAAAAUCAAUACUUCUG